AUGAAUUCCGUACUUGCCGCUGUUUUUGUCUAUCUCGCUCUCGCUAGCUCUGCCCAUGGUCAACUUGUCGGAACUCAGACCCCUGAAAAACCUCCACCACUCUCGAUCUCUAGCUGUACCAAAGGCGCUGGAUGUACUGAGAAGGUUCGCAGUGUCACUCUUGAUGCUAAUUGGCGUUGGUUCCAUGCUGCCAAUGGCACUCAAAACUGUUAUAAAGGUCAAGACUGGGAUCCGACGCUUUGUAAAACCGGCGCGGAAUGUACUCAGAAUUGUGCAUUGGAUGGAGCUGAUUAUUCUGGAACCUACGGUAUCACUUCCACCGGCUCUGAACUCACUCUUAAAUUCAUCACGCAAGGUCCUUACUCUACCAACGUCGGAUCUCGAGUCUAUCUACUAGACACUGAUGGUACUUAUGGCAUGUUCAAGCUCAAGAAUCAAGAGUUCUCUUUCGACGUCGACGUUUCGAACUUGCCAUGUGGUCUGAAUGGUGCACUCUACUUUACCGAAAUGCCGGCAGAUGGUGGGAUGAAGAAGUUUCCAUCCAACAAGGCUGGAUCGAAAUACGGUACUGGUUAUUGUGAUGCUCAAUGUCCUCAUGACAUCAAGUUCAUUGACGGAAAGGCCAACUUAGAUAACUGGACCCCAUCUAAGACCGACAAAAACACUGGCUUUGGCGCAGUCGGCUCGUGCUGUACCGAGAUGGACGUCUGGGAAGCCAACAGUAUCAGUCAAGCUUUUACUCCUCACACUUGCAAGGGUGAUGGACCAACAAGUUGCACAGGUAAAGACUGUGGUGAUAAUCCCGACAACCGAUACGGUGGUAUCUGUGAUAAGGAUGGAUGUGAUUUUGCAUCCUAUCGACUUGGUGAUCGCGACUUUUACGGACCUAAGAAAACUGUCGAUUCUACCAAGAAAUUCACCGUCGUCACUCAAUUUAUCACUAGUGAUGGAACUGCCAAGGGAGAGCUCUCGGAGAUCCGUCGAUUUUACAUUCAGGAUGGUAAAGUCAUUCAGAACAGUAAGACCAAGCUUCCAGGUCUCAAGAAGGAAUUUGACUCUAUCACCGGCGAGUUCUGUAAGGCCUACAAGGGUAUCUUUGGUGACAAAGAUGAUUUCACGCUUAAGGGUGGGAUGAAGACAAUGAGUGACAGUAUGGAUCGAGGAAUGGUCUUGGUUAUGAGUAUCUGGGAUGAUCAAAUGGCAUCCAUGGAAUGGCUCGACGCCAGCUACCCCCCAGGAAAGAAUGAGAGCACUCCAGGUAUCGCUCGUGGUACUUGUAAUGGUACUUCCGGUGACCCUCAAUUCGUACAAGCCAACUCCCCGAACGCCUCUGUUCAGUUUUCAAACAUUCGAAUCGGUGACAUCGGAUCGACAAACGCUACGUCCAACUCCUCGGCUGGCGGUGACUCUUCACAAGGAACGCAGAACAUGCAAAACAUGCAGAACAUGCCGACCACUCGUCUUCGUUUCUGA